ACUGCUUUGGGAGACUGCGGAAGCUGGGAGAUACGGGCAGUUCGUGGCGCGGGUUGCUGGGAGGGAGGAAGUCACGAGAAGGGACGAGUGCGCCUGCGCUCAAAUCAAACCGGCGGGCGGGGUAGGGCAGAGAGAGCGGAGGGCGCCCCCUGCCGACACACAGCGCUCACUGCAGCCCUGCAGCAAGCGCGUGAUGCUGAGGUUCCCGCCUGCCAGGCUCCGGGCUCUCCGUCUGGGGGUCCCGUGAUGCGCAGAGGGAAGGCGGGAACCUGCAGGGGGAGCAGGGGAGUGAUAACUGGGGUGGCCCGGAGAGAAGAGGAAAGACAGUUACAGUGUUGGCCCAAGGAUGAAAAGAUCAUGCGCUGAGCUUUAAAACGAUCCGAUUUUUCAAAACAAUAAAUGUUCGGUGCUCUGUGUCUGCCCUCUGGGGCUUGAGCCUUCAGGCUUCACAUUUUCCAGCUUUCCUUCCCACCCAGAGGAGCGCCAGCAAUUAAUUUACUUUGGAAAAGGAAAUGGAAGCUGAGAGUCUUGCAUGAUCACGUGACUCCAGGAGUGGGCUUAAAGAAAAAUAUCCUGAGACUUGUGAUCAAAACAGCUGGAAACACUGCAACUGAGAGAGAAAUCCAGUGAGGAGGUGUGAGCAGAGUGAAAUCAUAGCUCCUGCCCACACAGAGCGCAUGUUAUGACUGGGGUCUCUAUAGGGGAUACAGAGCAGACCAACACAGCCUGAGGAGACAAGUGAAAAAAUUAGGGAGAAAGUUCCCUACAUAGAUACAGGCUUUGUCUACACAGGAACCUGAACGACAAUUUUGUCGUUCAGAGGUGUGGAAACAACAAACAACAAAAAGUUUUGCUGGCGAAAGGGGCCAGCGUGGACAGCACUUUGUUGGCAGGAGAGCCGGCAAAAGCUCUCCUGCUGACAAAGCUACAGCCGCUCUUUGGGGAUGGAAGUUUUUUGUUGGCGGGAGAGCUCUGUCCUGCUGAUGAAUAGUGGUUACACUGCAUGCCUUUUAGCGGCACACCUGUGUAAAAGCUGCCUAGUGUAGACAUAGCCAUAGAAAUUCCAAUUCAUCCACAUUUCUCUCUCUCUCUUCCCAUGUGAGUUAAUCUCUCCAUCCUCACAUCAUGCUUCUCUUUUUCCUCUCACUGUCCCUGCCAAGAAUGAUAGGUGCUCUGUAAUUCAUUGAGGUGUCUCAAUUAAGUGACAGAAUCCCCACAUUGUAUAAAUACCUGUGCCUGGAUUGGGAUCCCAAUCAUUUUUCUAUCAUUAAUUUUCAUACAUUCCAAGAGUUGGAGUAUAUUUUGUAGGAGCAGACACCUCCUUGCUUAAGAAGGUGGACUGUGAAUUUCAGCUGUCUAAAUCCCUGUGUUGACAUAUAAUAUCAUUAGUCUCUUACUUUUGUUAGUAUUAACAGUGACCAAUAAAAUCAAAAAAUAAAAUUUGACAAACUUUUUUUUAUGCUUUCUGAGGAUUUUUUUUCACAAAAAGAUUUUGUUUUAAACUACAACUUUAAGUUCAGGACUGAUCAUAUUUAGUUUUUGACUGUGAUCUACAUCAGAUGGAAUCUGAAGGAAAGAGGACUUUGCCCUGAGUGGUUUUCUUUCACCUGAGGAGUGAGCUGUGUACCAAUCUGUAACAGCUUAAAAAAUGAACACUGCUCCAGCUUCAGAAAAUGGACCAUAUUCCACAAACCACACAAGACCCUUUUUUUAUGCACAGCCAACAGCACAACAACCUUUCCCCAAUCCAUGGUACCUCAGUCAUCUGUAUAAUCCAUACUGUGUACCUGCCCCAGGUUUCAGAAGUGGAAAUCCAUAUUUUCCAUUUUAUUCUGUUGCACUACAUGAGUACCCUGGAUAUCUUGUUCCACAACAUCCCAUGCACACACGAGUUAACAGAAGACCUUAUUUUAAUGUCCCCCCACCCUCUCCUCUGUUUUAUCAUGCAACAAGGUUUAGACAUUAUAGUGGCCCUGGGAAAAAAACAGUGACCAAAGAAACACAGACUGAUCCUAGACAGCCUGAAAACAAACCAAAAAAGCCUCAGGAUCUCCGUACAGAAACGAAAGGCUGUGAAGCAGGAAAUAUAGGCUGUGUUUCUUCUGGUAUGGGUACAGAAACUGAAAGUACUUCAGUGAAACAAGAUUCAGCUGGAUCUUCUCUUCUGCCAGAAAGAGACUUUCAAAAUAAGGGGUCUUCCAACUCUUCACAGUAUAGAAACAUUCCUUCAGGAAGCUAUGCUUUUGAGAAAGAAGAGGUCCGAAUAGAGUAUGGAAAUGGCUCGCCUGCAAUUCAGCUAUGGAAGACCUUUAAGGAAACUAUUCCUCUCUAUGAUGUGGCAAGUAGUAAACCAGUCCCAGAGAAUAUCAUGCAACGUGACUUGUUUUCUGUUAGCUCUUGUGAAGGGGUAAUAUACAGCCCUCAUGAAGGGGAGGAAUUGGUGUCAUGUGCUUCUUAUUCAGAUGAACGAAAAACUGUUCUUUCUUUGAAGCAGAGUGGUGAAGAUGGGCAGGAAAAAGACUUCCAGAAUAAUGAAGUAAAACUAGAUGCAGAAAAGCAGGGAAAUGCAACCCAAAGGGCAAAAUCUCCUCUAGAUGAAGCCAGGGCAAUGCAAAUUGCUGAGCUGGCUAGAACUGUUCGUAAUGAUCAGCUAGUGGCAAGGCAGGACACAUUGUUUAAAAAAACUAGUUUGAAAAGAUCUGCUGCCUCAAAAACUUCUGAAGAGGAGUCCAACCUUGAUCAGCAAGCAGGGUUAUUUCCGUCUAGUACAGAAAUAACACAUGAUUCAAGUCCACUGCAGAAAAAGCUAAAUCAGAGCCACAGUCCAACCAAUGUAAGUCAGAUAACGGAUAAAAGUUUAUGGUGUGAAGAAUCCAUGGAGAAGUAUGUUCCUUCUAACAGUUGGCUAGCUUGUGUGGAUGACAUGGACACUAACUACAACUAUAAUAUGUGUUUGCCACAAAGGAAACAUCAAAGUGUACUCAGUCUGUCUUCUGAUGAAAUGUCUUCUAAAGAUGAAGGAUCAUCGACUGAUGAUGAUGAUGUACCAGUGUCUUACUUUGUCCCUGAUUAUGUGCUUCAGAAGAGCAUGUACGCUGUCCAAAAAAGUACAGAGAGCUCAGAGAAAGAGAAAAUUAGAAGUAGUGGCUCCCUUAAUGAAGAUGAAGUGGUAGGAAGGGAGCAGACCAAUGUUGUCAAUACUCAGAACUUCAAUAGCUGUUCGAAAGUGAAGAUUAAAAAGAUGGCCAGCAGAGAUAGAAAGAUUGGGGUCCUCCCUAGAUCUUCUGGUCAGAAGAAAAUCUACUCCCUAAAGAAAAAAGCUGCUAAGAGCUUGUCUCUGUCAGAGGCUGAAGACUCUGAAGAAUACUUUGUGGCAGAGGAAGAGGGUGACAAUGAGGAGGAGGAUGAUCUGGAUGAAGUUGAAUAUUUCUUUCAAGAAGCCACUCCAUAUGGACACUUGACCUCCGGUAAAGGCAGUUUCUACAGGCCAAUUGGCCAGAGGGUGCUUUGGAAACCACCUAAAAAUGCCAUACCAGCUCACUUGAUUAGCUGGCCUGCUUGGGAGAAAAUGAAAACGAAGAGUGGGUUCUGUGAACGCAGUGGUCUGGCUUAUAAGUCAAGCGAGAAGGAACAGGAUGAGGUUGUGUACAGUGAUUAUGGGUACUAUGGAAAAAAGAGGUUUACAGCAAAACAAGAGGGAUCUGACCAUAAGAGAACUUCACAGAAGUCUUCAAGAGUAAGGUUACUAAAGGAAAACAUGGGGCUGACAGCUGAUGAGUACUGGAUUAGAACUGGUGCUAAACCCAAGUGUGCCAGCUUGAUAUGUGGUAGCCUAUCAUCCCCAACCAAAAGCAAAGAACAAGGUAAUCUCCUUUUGGAUAAACCAAAAAGGAAAAGGAUAGGCAAACCCCCUUACAAACGUAGAGACACAAGAUGUGAGGCAGAAGAUAUUGAAGUCUGGGAGAUGCCUAAACCCAGUGCACACAAAGGGUGUGGAUCAAAGAGGUCUCUCUACAAAAGAAGAUAAUCUGACUAUUGCAAAUGCAAGGGGGAAAUCUGAUUAUUACAAAUGCUGGGAGAAGAACACAAACAUACUGAGGUUGCAUGUCUCCUAAUCUUUAAAAUGAGUCCAUAAGUAGCUUUUUUUUGUUUUUUUGUAUAAAUUUUUCUAAGCUACUAUGCACAGUUAAAGGGUAAGAAGUAACAUGGUAAAGAAUUCGAGUACACUAUAUAAAAUAUUAAAUGAAAGGAACACUUGAAAUAAAGCACUCGAAAUUGUAAAUAAGAACUCUCACUUAUUGCUUAAAAGCAAUAAAGUUAACAGAAUUGCA